AUGGAGAAUUCGGCCAAAAGAAGCGCCUCGCCUUCCGCUCAGCAGGUGAAAAAACCAAAGACAUACGCUGCUCCAGGAAAGGUUGUUCUGGAGGCUGAUGUUGGAGUGACACAGUACAUCAACGAAGCGUACAAAACCGGGCCCGGUUUCUUUGGCUCCAUCAAGCAACGGUAUGCUGAUUUCCAGGUCAACGAGAUCCUGUUGGACGGCACUGUCGUGCACUUGACAGACGAGGGUAUCGACUUGGGAAAGACCAAGAAGGAGAAAAAGCAGGAGAGAAGACUCAAUGAUCGUGCCGAUCUUCAGGACAAGACACCAGAGGAGGUGGAGGCCAUCAAGGCAGAAAAGGCAGAGAAGGCCAAGGAGGCCGAGAAGGAAAACGAAGGACCCAAGUAUGAGCUCAGUGAGGACCACAAGACCCGUCUCUUGGAGCUCGUUACUGCUGAAGAGCUAGGUGAAAUCGAGGCCCUUUUCACCAAUGGUGGCAACAUGGAGACAAAAACACAAUUUGGUGACAAGGCCUUGAGAACGCAAUUGCACCAGCUUCUCAGACAAGCCUUCCAGGGCAAGCUUGAGACCAUGACGUCUCCACAAAACACAUUCAAAGUGGCAUUGUCCAAGGGUACAAACAACAACAGGGGCCGUAACGUCAACCAUGUCGAUGACCUGGGCGUGAUCAACUACGGCUUGGGCCCAUUCAAGAACUACUUGCACUUUACUCUUUACAAGGAGAACAGGGAAACGAUGGAAGUGGCCUCUAUGAUCUCGAAAUUCCUCAGGGUGCCACACAAGGCAGUCAAGUACGCUGGUACGAAGGACCGUCGUGGUGUCACCUGUCAAAGGCUCAGUAUCCACAAGGGCAAGGUCCAGAGAGUGUCAGCUCUCAACAAGGGCUUGAACGGUUCCAUUCUCGGCGGAUUUUCUUACGAAAGCAAAUCGCUUGAUCUCGGUGAUCUCCAAGGUAACGAGUUCUUGAUUGCCAUCCGUGACGUCAAAACCGACGAGGCCAACUUGGAGGAAGUCGUUGAACGUGCUUUCAACUCUCUCAAGGAGAAAGGCUUCAUCAACUACUACGGUUUACAGAGGUUUGGCACCUUCUCGAUUUCCACGCACGUUUUGGGCAUUGAGCUUUUGAAGGAAAAUUGGAAAAACGCCGUUGACCUUCUAUUAGCUGAACAAGACAGAGUCGUUGCUGAGUCGGUUAACGCUCGUAGAGUCUGGGCUGAGAGCAGAGACGCCGCAGAAGCUUCCAAGCUUAUGCCGAAAAGAUGUUUCGCUGAACACAAUGUGCUUUCAUCUCUAGCCAAGGAGAAGAAGGUGAAUGAGGCCGAGAUUGAGGAUUACCACAAGCAAGCCUACUUCCGUGCCAUCAUGCAAAUUCCUAGAAACUUGCGUCUCAUAUACGUUCAUGCCUACCAGUCCUACGUGUGGAACAUGGUGGCAUCAAAAAGAAUUGAGCUUUUUGGUCUACAGGUCCGUGAAGGAGACUUGAUCAUGGUGGAGGAGAAGAACGCAGAGAGCAGGAAGAUCACCUCGAUCGAUGAAGAUGGACAGGAGUUUGAAGAAGACGUUGCUGGUACGCUUUCAGACAAGGUGAGAGCUUUGACCAAGGAGGAUAUUGAAUCUGGAAAGUACUCCAUCUACGACGUUGUCCUUCCUUCUCCAGGCUACGAUGUUGUAUACCCAACAAGUCCCGAACUCAUGUCCGUUUACGAAGACGUCAUGGCCAAGGAUGGCCUCGAUCCCCACAAUAUGCGCCGAAGAGUGCAAGAGUUCUCGUUGGCUGGGUCCUACAGACCACUUAUGGGAAAAGCCACGAACCUUUCCUACAAGCUAGUCAAGCACAAGGACACGAACGAUCCAAUCUUGCGAACCGAUUUGGAAAUCUUGCAUGCUAAAAAAGAGAAUGACGAACCAUUAGACAAGAUCAUUGACUACUCUGGAUCAGAAGAUGCCACUCAAACUGGUAUAGUUUUGCAAAUGCGUUUGGGUGUAAGUUGCUAUGCUACUAUGGCCCUUCGUGAGUUCAUGAAGGCCGACACGAGCCGUUUCAGUGCCAACUUUGAUGUGAAGACAAACAAGUAA